AUGGAGGACCCGGAAAAGAAACUGAAUCAGAAGAGCGACAAGAGCAACGACAAACCCAGAAAAGUACGAUUUAAGAUCUCCUCUUCCUACAGCGGCCGAGUGUUGAAGCAGGUUUUUGAGGAUGGGCAGGAAUUAGAGUCACCCAAAGAGGAAUACCCUCACAGUUUUCUCCAGGAGGCCCUUGAACCAAUGGAUGGUGUCUAUGGGUCAGGGGAAGCCCCCAAGCCUCAGCUGUAUUCCCCUAAGCUGACUGCUCAAAGGAUCAGCGUGUUUAGAGAUGGCAGUGCCUACUCUCUGGCGGGCAGCCAGCCUCUGUUCAAUGACUACAAGGCGAAUGACCAUAAGCCUCCACCGAUUAUAGAUUUUGGGAAGAUAAUCAUCUACACGAACAACCUGAAAAUCAUCCGGACCCCGAUGGACAAAAGGGACUUUAUGAGGAGAAUCCUCCAGAAGGAAGCAGUUGCUGAGGAGGAGGCUCUGAUGAGCACAGGAGAAAACGAUGGCGACAGAGAUCACAAUGACAGUCCCCUGCCGGAGACGGAAGGCACAUUUCUCCAUAAUCAGCACACACAGGAUGGGUUGGUCCCUGAGGACAACUGUCUCCACUGCCAGGGGUCCGGCAUCGCCACCUGUUCUCUGUGCCACGGCAGCAAGUUCUCAAUGCUGGCUAACAGAUUCAAGGAGUCCUAUCGAGCCCUCAGGUGCCCUGCCUGCAACGAGAAUGGCCUGCAACCAUGCCGAAUUUGCAGCCCGUAG